AUGCCUCAUCGCGAAGAAGCCAGUGACAACACUCCCAUCCAAAGCAAAAUGGCUGGCAACAACCGGAAAACCGAAAAGACAUGGUGGAAAGAAGCAGUCGUCUACCAAAUCUACCCAGCCUCUUUCGCCGACAGCAACAACGACGGACUUGGAGACAUACCCGGCAUCGUCUCCAAAGUCCCCUACAUCAAGUCCCUCGGCGUCGACACGAUAUGGCUCUCGCCCAUCUUCGCCUCCCCACAACACGACAUGGGCUACGACAUCUCAGACUAUCGCUCCAUCCACGCUCCCUACGGGACCGUGGAAGACGUCCAGGGAUUGAUCGACGAGCUCCACGCGAAUCAGAUGCGGAUACUGAUGGAUCUUGUCGUUAACCACACUAGUGACCAACAUGCCUGGUUCCAGGAGUCGCGGUCUUCGAGGACGAAUGCGAAGAGUGACUGGUACUUCUGGCGGGAUCCGAAGGUCGAUUCGAAGGGGAAUCGAAAUGAGCCGAAUAAUUGGAAGUCGAUUUUCGGAGGCAGCGCAUGGCACUUUGACGAGUCGAGAGGCCAGUACUACCUUGCGCUGUUCUUGCCGUCCCAGCCGGAUCUUAAUUGGCAAAGUGAGCAGAUGCGGCAAGCAACGUACGAUGACAUGCGGUUUUGGCUGGAUCGAGGUGUGGAUGGCUUCAGAAUAGACUCGAUGAAUCUGAUGAGCAAGCAUCCGGAUCUGCCAGACGGGAAGGUGGUGGACGAUGAGCCGUAUCAGUCGGGGGCGGAGUUCUUUGCCUCAGGUCCCGCGAUGCACGAUUAUAUCCGAGAGAUGCGGAGGGGGGUGUUCGACCACUAUGAUGCGAUGACGGUGGGUGAGCUUGGUUUCACCAAGGAUGAGUUCUCUGUGAGCCAGUAUGUGGCCAAGGAUCGCAAGGAACUUAAUAUGCUUUUUACUGGAGACAUCGUUGACAUGGACUUCGGGCCAGACGGGAAAUACAGCCGAGACGAUUUCCACCCCAGCAAGAUCCGAAAGAUCACCGACCUCUGGCAGACGGCAAUGCCUAAGUUCGACGGCUGGAACACGGUGUACCUCGACAACCACGACAGCGGUAGAUCCCUUAGCAGAUACGCCUCCGACGCACCGCAACAUCGAGCAACGGCGGCGAAGAUGCUGGCCACAUAUCUCCUGACAUUGAGUGGAACUCCCUUCAUGCUCGCUGGACAAGAAAUCGGCAUGGCAAACCUCGGAAAGGAGUACGGACCAGAUGCGUACAUCGACGUCGAAGGCAAGAACCACUACAACGCCGUCCUGAAGGCUCGCGGUGGUGACGAGUCGCAGAUGCAGGACGUGAUGACGGAGUUGCAGCUCAAGGCCAGAGAUCAUGGAAGGUUGCCGAUGCAGUGGGAUGAUUCCGCCAAUGCAGGGUUUACUUCGGCGGAUGCGAAGCCCUGGAUGACCAUCAACCAAGAUUAUGUGAAGUGGAACGUGGCGAGUCAACUUGAUGAUGGGGCGAGCGUGCUGUCGUAUUGGAAACAGAUGCUGGUGCUUCGGAAGCAGUACAACGACCUCCUCGUCUAUGGGUCGUAUGAGGCAGUACCGGAAUCCACGACCGGAGAAGACGUCUUUGCUUAUAAGCGAUCGUCCGCGGAGACUGGUGAGAGCGCAGUCGUCUUCCUUAAUUUCUCAGAUCGGGCGCAGAGGAUACCAGCGAGUAAAUUCCGUGGCUACUCCGUGUUGUGCUCAAACCAAGGGAGCAGUGGUGUGGAAGACGAUCACGUCUCUUUGGUACCUUUUGGUGCCGUGGUGUUGUAUGACAGAAGAAGAGACUAG